CCGCCUGUGCCGCAUCUUGGCGCCCCCAACCGACCUGCACACCCAAAUCGAUGGGACCGAGAGUUGCAUCUCGCGAGCAAUCCUUCCCUCUUCCUACUCCUACUUUUUCUUCUCCAGAUCUUGAUCCAGUGGUCCUGCAGCGACCACAACGUGAACGCUACUCGCUUUCGCGCUUCUCAGUGCUCAGGCGGUCGGCCAGAAUGGCCACAAUGAUGUCUGGUUCAUCUACCCAACCGAAGGCCACACAUAUCAACACAUGGACACGAUCAACGUCACCUAUGAAAGCCCAUUUCCAACCCCGACGCUAUUCGGCUGGUGCGAUGGAGGCGGCCGCAACUUUUACGACCAACGGGUGCCAGGAUACAACGCUUCGGUUGCUGUUGUGCUCAACUUCACCUCUGGCACACCAUGUUGGUUCAACCUUAGGCCAGGAAGAGUAGCUGGAUUUGGCGCCAACAGCCCAUCUUUCAAUAUCCUCGGCGUCGAACGGCCUUCUGGAGGCAUCGUUCACAGACCCGGCACGUCUGAAUCCGACCGCACCCCGCCAGAGUUCCCAACCACAUCCGCAACCACAUCCCCAACACCGACGACGGCGGUUCCUACGGAAAGCCAUGUCCUGGAUGACAGUAACGUCAGUCCCGGCGAGCAACAUGAACCAACCCCAAAUCCAGAACCGCCCGACGAGAAAUUCCGCGGGGAUGGCGGCGGGCUAGGCGGUGGGCAAUCAGCAGGCAUCGUUGUCGGCGCCAUCGUCGGCGUCCUUGCCAUCGCCACCGGCUUGUUCUUUUGGUGGAAGAGGAGGUCCAGACGGGCAGACUCGGGAGAGCAAAUACCGCAGCAUGAUGGCUCUCACCACAGUUACUGCCAACAUCACAGCGGCCAGGCCCUUUCAUGGCAACACGAAGCGGGAGCAGCAAGUCCAUGGAGCCAAAGCCCCGCAACCUACGUAAAUGGUCACCAAUACAACGGAGCGUGCACAUGUAUGUAUGUGUCCCACGCGCGGGCAACCCCAAGUCAAACGGUGGCCGGUAGAAGUGAGCAGCACGAAUUCACCAUCAGAGCUCUCGUCAUCAGAUCCUGCGUGGGCAUCGAAACCAAAAUACGAAAUGCCGGCUUGAGGGCGGUUUUCUUGUACAUACACAGAGCUUUUCAAUGCCAAACGUUGUCAACACCAACUUGUGGAGAACAAGACCCAAAAGACGGAAGCUAGGGGGCUUGGCAUACCAGAUUUAAGGGGCAGACCUUCCUGAAUGGUAUGGCUGGUAAUUUCUAAUGUUAUCAUCGGGUCAUGCCAAACGACAGUGGCCGUUUCAUCGCCUCGAGACAAUGAUUGGAUGCAGUUUCAGGAAGCUCCCCUUGGGCGACAUCGCCAGUCUUGGCCAGGCGCCCUCCAUUUUGAGUGUGAACAAUAAAGCCGGGACAAUAGUAUAUAAAUUCUUACAAAAUACGCCAGUAUCGUGUGGUUUGUUAAUGUCGAGCCUCUUGUAGAACCCAAACAACCAUGCCAACAGCCUCAAAAGUUAGCCACAUCAUCGGGGCAGUCGGUCUGGUUCUUGUCACCGUCCUGUACAUUGCGCUUCUGCUGAUACCAUGGGUCUAUACAUGUGACCUCAGCACCGGCCCCGUCUGGGUAUCAAAUCCCAAGACGUGGACAGAGCUACCUCGUGGGGUUGAACCCAUCAAUGUGGACCGCAUGGCUGACUACGACAAAGCGAUCAAGAUCUUGAACACCAUCACCUCCAUCGUCGCCAUACCAGUCGUGUACGCCGUCGUCCAACGUGCUGCCAGUGUUGGGUCGCAGUCCAAGCAUAACUUGUGGGACAAUGCCGCCUUGUCGUGGUUGGCCGUCAUCCUCAUCAUGAUCACUCUGAUUCUACCUCCCAUUCGCACUCUUGUCGUGAGCCAUGAGACCAUCAAGGUUCCAACCUCCUUUCUCGGCCAAGGUGUUAAGGCUCUUGACGCUACACCUCAAAUGCUAGAGAUGGUGAGCGAAAAUGGGGUGGUGGAAAAAGUCAAACACGGCCUGGUCAACUCCCAAGAGUCUGAUAGACACCCACAGUUAUGGCCCGAAGCUGGCCAGGCAUCAGACGUGUCAACAACACCCUCACUCGGCGGGUUCCGUCCAGCCAAUGAGCCUGACAUAAUGGAUCUUUCCCACCAACACAUGUUUGUUUCAUUAGUCCCCAGAUUGAACACGGGCUACUACCGAAGCCAUGCUUUGCGGAUGAAGAGUCUUCCGGAUUGCAAGGCGAUUGCCCAGUUUCCCCCGGUUUGCUCUGGACCAAGACCAUUUGCAAGAGUCUUUGAAUCACCAAACACCUUGGUGACUGUUUGCGUACCGGGGGCAUCAGGACGCUCGCCAUGGCCGGACAGGAGCCAAGACAGACGCGAGAUCAAGGAAGAUCUGUUUAUACGGAUGGUCCGGAAUGUUUUGACUGGUGAUGUCCGAAAUCCUUCGCAAAUUAGGCAUCAGAAAAUAUACCAUUGCACAGCAACCACGACAAGGGGGUACUUUGAGUUGCCCAACUAUCUCAACGAAGAGAAAGUUGGGCCACUGCUAAACACAUUCCCUGAUCUGGGGCUUGAUGACCUAGAAGGGCACUUUGUCGACGUGAGUCCUAAUCGUGACGUGCCGCUUGGCAGCCCCGAUUUUGUUCAAAACUUUACCAGCGAUCCAUUCUUAUCCCUCGGGCCGACCGAGCCAUCAAACAUUGCCCCAGGGCCGCUCAUGAUUUCCGCCCAGGCUCUUUUUGGUAACCAAACUUGGUUCCACACCCUGGCUCGGGCUUUUGUCAACAGCACGGCGUCCAACAAUUCAUCGCUCCCGCGACUUGACGCCCUGGAGACGCUUCAGAUGGUGUGCUCGGAAAACAACAUGCCUCUGGCACGGUUUUCUGCCUUUCCUCCAGCCGAGAUGGUCAUUUCUGACCGCCGCAUGUCCAAGGAAUGUCAAUCCGUUCUCACUCCCCGGAGCAGGCAAGAGGACAGAAUCACAGAGCAACAAGCCGCGACCAAGUUGGAAAACAUGAUGAACGACUUCCUUUCAGUGUUUGAACGAGGGCCCAACACGACCUUGUGGACUGCCAUGGUUCUGGCAAACGAAGCCGUCUUGCAGGCCGCCACCCAGGAUAGUACGUUGGCGCGCAAAGUGUUUGUCGAUUUGGGCCAGGUAAUGACGAACAAGCCCGUCCUAACCCAAGGCGCAGUUGUUGGUGUGAGCCUUCUCGUUGCGUUCCAGGUAUUGGGGCUGGUAGUUUUGGGAGUGUACUUGAUGAUUGGGAGCUUUGAACCAGCCUGGUUCAUAAAGAGAUUUGCGGGCGAUGGGGAGACGGGGGCUGGUAGCAAAGGGGUAACGAACGAGUAUGAUGAGGAACCCCUGAGGGACCUGAGCACGCCAGCGGGUAGUGAGAGACGGUAGGGGGUCGAUGUGUGCACGGGCCCUAUAUACGAUUGGCAUGCUUGAACCAAGACGACUGACUCGAUGAGUUGCAACAUUGGAUGGCCAGCACGAUUCGUGCGUCCUUGGCUCUGAAAUGUGCUGCUACCCCUGAGUCCCAUUUUACGGCAUCGCAGAUGACGUGAUGGUCGGUUAUGCAGUUGUGAAUAUCAUCCCCCACGCUGACCUGACCAUGGCCCCCACCAAACAUGACCGGUUGAGAGCGGAUUUAAGCCGGGGCCAGAAUGGUGUCACUUUCCUGUCUUUGACGCGACUCGAAAAUUCCCAUAGAUAACCCCAACCCUUCCC